CUUCGGUCUACUCCCAGAAGUUUAAAGGGGAUGUCCUAUGAGUUUGCCAAUGCACUGUGUUCCAGAGAGCAUGGGGGACUAGUUUGGGGUAUGGGAAGAGUUGGAUAAGGGGAUGUUAGUUGUCAUGGGGUGCAUGGGUGUGAGUGAGAAUCCAUUGAGUAAUGGUGGAGCUCUAGAAGGGUAAGGAGGGUCGAACCGGUACUAGUAGAAAGUGGUCAGUUCACGUUGAGUCCAUUAAAUUAGGAGGUCUCUCUUUUGCUUUGGCUGAAGCGAAGAGAAGGCAUUUUUUACUUAGCCUGCCUCUGCUGCAUGCAGUUCCUGAUGUCUUGUUUCUCACAGCAAGGGAGGGAGAGACCAGCAUUCAUUUGCUUCUGUGUACUUUAGGUGAGUUCAACUAGUACUCCAUGCAGAAAUCAUUCCUAAGACUGUGGUAGGGAUGGAAGCUGGUCAGGACCUGCCAUGACCAUAACAUUAAUGGGAACUUCAGCUUGCAUCAUCAUUUUCCAGGGAGGUGCACAUAGGGAAAGCUCCCAAGAAUUAACUCUUUCCCUGUCCUGCAGGAGGGUGGUCCAACAAAGACAAGAUCUAUCCUGCAGGGCCAACCUUCCUCAUCAGAAGACACAGUUUUCCUCUCGAUCCCAGUUUUCCUAUGGCCAGUACUCACGAGCUCAGGCCCAGGCUCUCUUGUGCCAUGCUCUGGCAUGGCUAUGCUUGAGCAGACACCUAGGCAGCAUGUGGAAUAAAGGUUUGCUCUGUAGGGUCAACCUCCACAUGCAGCUCCUCAAAACCCACACUGAACAGUUGUGACACAAAGCUAUCUCAAUUUGAAGUAAAAUUGCUCCCUUGGUGAUAGCAGUUGCUUUUCACGUGCUCAGGGGCCUUAUGUGGUCGGUAGUUACCACACUGGGUCACCUCGGAAACAGAAUCAUCCGACAGAGAGGAAGUUCUAUCGAAAGGUGCUGGUGUAGACCACUAACGAAGCUGCUGUGGCGGUUUGAUUCCCAACCGUUUUGUUUGUUUGUUCCUAGCUGCAGAAUCUGACGUCAGACCCAGAAGGCUACCAGAGACAGAGACUGGGCAGGACCUAGGGACUGUGCUGAGCUGCAGGCAUGGCGCAGUACAAGGGCACCAUGCGGGAGGCCGGCCGGGCCAUGCACCUGAUCAAGAAGCGGGAGAAGCAGAAGGAGCAGAUGGAGGUGCUGAAGCAGCGCAUCGCGGAGGAGACCAUCAUGAAGUCAAAGGUGGACAAGAAGUUCUCAGCACACUACGACGCUGUGGAGGCCGAGCUGAAGUCCAGUACGGUGGGCCUGGUGACCCUGAAUGACAUGAAGGCCAAGCAGGAAGCCCUGCUGAGGGAACGGGAGAUGCAACUGGCCAAGAGGGAGCAGCUGGAGCAGCGCCGGCUACAGCUGGAGAUGCUGCGGGAGAAGGAGCGAAGGCGCGAGCGCAAGCGGAAGAUCUCCAACCUGUCCUUCACUCUGGAAGAGGAAGAUGACGGCGACCAAGAGGAUGGCCGCAGGGCUGAGGGCAAUGAGGCCCACAGUGGUGGGGCCAAGAAGAACUUGGGCAAGAACCCCGAUGUGGAUACCAGCUUCCUGCCCGACCGCGAGCGCGAGGAAGAGGAGAACCGGCUACGCGAGGAGCUGAGGCAGGAGUGGGAGGCGAAGCGCGAGAAGGUGAAGGGCGAGGAGGUGGAGAUCACUUUCAGCUACUGGGAUGGGUCUGGCCACCGGCGCACGGUACGCAUGCGCAAGGGCAGCACCGUGCAGCAGUUCCUGAAGAGGGCGCUACAGGGGCUGCGCAGGGAUUUCCGGGAGCUGCGCGCCGCAGGCGUGGAGCAGCUCAUGUAUGUCAAGGAGGACCUCAUCCUGCCGCACUACCACACCUUCUACGAUUUCAUUGUGGCCAAGGCGCGGGGCAAGAGUGGGCCACUCUUCAGCUUCGACGUGCACGACGAUGUGCGGCUGCUGAGCGAUGCCACAAUGGAGAAAGACGAGUCGCACGCGGGCAAGGUGGUGCUGCGCAGCUGGUACGAGAAGAACAAACACAUCUUCCCUGCCAGCCGCUGGGAGCCCUACGACCCCGAGAAGAAGUGGGACAGGUACACCAUCCGGUGAUACUGAACCCCUCUUGGGUAGCCUUACUCUCAUAUUACCGAAAUUCAAUAAAUACAGAGGGUCCCCGUGAAUCGCAUGUGAUGGUUCUGUUGCUGGCGUUGUUCUUUGUAUUUUUAAUGUUUCUGUUGUGCUCCGUGUGAUAAGGGUCACGUUUUUGUCUGAGUGGUUGUGCUCAGUGAUUUGGCGGGCCAACAGACAGGGUCUGAUUUUCUUUCUCAGUGUUUUACUUGCUGCGGAGUUGUGAGCAAGUCACUGUGCUCCGUAACUCAGUUUUCCCACCGGUACUAGGAAUUAACACCCCACAAGGCCAAAGUGAGGAGAGAGUAUUUGUAAACACUUAGAGCUCAGUAAAUGCCUGCUGUUGUUUUUGUGGACCCAGUUGCUUUACAUAAAAGAAUUUCUGUGAUCCAGCUCUGAAAUGCCAGGACUAGAGUAGACCUACACAUCACUGGUGUCAGAGUCAGUGGAUGGUGGGAGGAGCCUCACAAAGCCCAGCAAAUGGCCCCACCUCUGGGAUUCCUUAACUAAAUGGUUUAGCCAAAGGCUUGGGAGGUCAGAAAGCUGGUAUACAGCUUAGAAGACCAGUAUCACCAAUUUCCCUUCAUCCAAAAGCUCCAGUAAUAACUCCACAUGACACUACUACGAACCCUACCCUUGGAGUUUUUAUAUUUUAUUCAUAAUUGAGUGUUGUGUUCAUUUUCAUUUAAAAACAUCUAAAGUCGGGCAGUGGCUGCGCACGCCUUUAAUCCCAGCACUCUGGAGGCAGCCAGCCUGGUUUACAGAGUGAGUUUCAGAACAGCCGGGACUACAAUAAGAAACCUCUCGAAAAAAACAAAAAUAAACAAACAAAAUCUAACAUACUAUGAAUCACUUUUACAGAGCUUUUAGGUCACCUCUUUAACGUUAAAAGACCAAGACAAGUACUUUGGGCCUCUUACUCUGUUUCUGGCACCAAUUUCUUGUGCCAGUGCAAGAAUAAGCAUUCUCACAACGUUGGUUGGCUUGGGUGCUGCUUGACUUUAGGAUCACAUACACACACUUCUCAGUUGCCAGGUUGCAUCCAGAGUUUUCCUCAGGGCCAGAUAGAGGCAUCAGUCUGUUUUGAAGCCCGGCAAGCCUGAAGAGUUUAGGGCUUAAGUGCUCCUGAUUCAGGUCAACACAUCAGUCCUCCUGAAAUAGAGACCUAAUCUCCGGCCCCACCCCAGACCUGCACAAUCAGAAUGUGAGUGCCAGCAAGAUCCCUGUAUGACUCAAGCUUGCUGAGACUGAAGGAGCCUCUGGUUGGUCAGAUGUCUGCUCUCUAGUCAACACUUCGACUUCUCAGCUCAAGCCCUAGAUUCAACAGCUGCUAAUGGUCUACAGGUCUAAGCCCUGUUCUCCAGUCCAGCUCUCAUUUAAAAACUAGCGCCAAACACGUUCUAACUCCUGCAUCUAUUUCCUUGUUUUAACUAUGCAUUGAAAAGUUAUGUAUAUUUAUGGGGUUCAAGGUUGUGUUGUAAUUUUGAAUUACAAUGAAAAUACAAUGGGGUGAUGAAAUUAAGCUCUUUAACCUAGGCAUCUCAGCUAUUUUCACUUUUUGUAUUGAGGACAUGAAAAUGUUGUUUUUAGUCAAUGAAAUGUAUAAUAUCUGAAACUAUUAGGUAUAUUCAACAUACUGUGCAAUUGUCUUUACAGUUCAGCCUCAUCCCUCCUUCUGAGACUUUGGCCCUCUGACCAAUCUCCCAUCAACUAUCCUGCUCUCUUUUUCCUGAAUAAAACUGUGAGAACAUGGGGUAUUUUAUCUUCUUGUGUUUGGUUUAUUGCAUAAUAUUUUCACUUCUAUUCAUGCUACUGAAAAUAAAGUUUCCUUCUCAGAACUGAGUGUAUUCCUUUGAGUGUAGACCACAUGUAGACCCAUCCCACAUUCAGGUCCCCAGAAGUAACUGCUUCUUAGCAGAAAUGGGAAAUACACUUCUACAUCCCUUAGGAAUAUCUGUAUCCCACUGCCUUUUGUGUUGUUGGUUUUCAGGUACCAAUCCUACCUUACCACAUGCAGUAACCUCCCCACCCCAAUCCUUCCAAAAGUAAAGAAGAUUUCAAUCAGAUCAACAUUCAUGUGUUCACAAUAGGAUCAUUACAAAUACCCAAUCAUAACAUAUUAUGAAAAAUAUUUUUUCUGGAAUCAAUAUUUCUCGUUUUCUAUUUUGCUUGACUCCUGUGUUGUCAUUGAACUUGCCUCAUACUUUAUGUCAGUUGUGUUCUUCUCUCAGUAUUAGGGUCUUAGUGCAGCGUUGUCAACCUAAAAUUACAUUCUCCAGUGCGAAUGGGUUGAGAGUGACAGCAGAAGCCUUCGGUAGGUAGGUGGUGCCUUUCAAACCACGGAGGCCGCUGGUG